UUUAAUCUUAUUCACGUUUUAAAUUGUAGCUGCACUGCCUAAACUCUCACCGAGAAACACUGUGAAACGGAGAGAUGUGGCGAAGGAGCUUCACCACUGCAACCGCUACUCGCGCAUUCAAGGAGAAGAAAUGGGACGCGCUUGUUAUCGGCGCCGGCCAUAAUGGCUUGACAGCCGCCGCCUACCUUGCUAAAGCUGGACUCUCUGUCGCUGUGCUCGAGCGCCGUCAUGUCAUCGGUGGCGCAGCCGUAACUGAAGAGCUAAUUCCAGGCUUCAAGUUCUCUCGCUGUAGCUACCUCCAAAGUCUCCUCCGCCCCUCCGUCAUCAAAGAGUUGGAAUUAAAGAGACAUGGAUUUAAGUUGUUGAAAAGAAAUCCGUCGUCGUUUACGCCCUGUUUAGAUGGACGCUACCUUCUAUUAGGACCUGAUAAGGAACUUAAUCAUUCUGAGAUUUCCAAGUUCUCCGUUCGAGAUGCCGAUGCUUAUCCCAGAUAUGAAAAUCAGCUUGAGAACUUUUGCAAGUUUAUGGAUCCACUUUUGGAUUCACCUCCUCCAGAAUCUUUGCAAGGUGUCUCAUCUCUUAAUGAUCAAUUCAAGGACAAAAUACAGAAAUCAGCUUUUUGGGCAAGUUUUUUGCGACUGGCUCUUUCCAUUGGUCAGAGAGAUAUGGUGGACUUCAUGGGCCUUUUAUUGUCUCCAGCUUCAAAGGUUUUGAAUAACUGGUUUGAGACAGAUGUUCUGAAGGCAACCCUUGCAACGGAUGCUGUAAUAGGGACAAUGGGUAGCGUCCACACACCAGGAAGUGGAUAUGUUCUGUUACAUCAUGUCAUGGGAGAAACUGAUGGGGAUCAUGGAAUUUGGUCGUAUGUUGAAGGUGGAAUGGGUUCAGUAUCUUGUGCUAUUGGUAAUGCUGCUAGGGAAGCCGGGGCGCAUAUUGUAACAAGUGCUGAGGUUUCAGAAAUGUUAAUUGAUGAUUCUGGGGCAGUGAACGGGGUAUUACUGGCUGAUGGUACAGAGGUGCUUUCUUCAGUUGUGCUGUCAAAUGCCACUCCUUACAAAACAUUCAUGGAAUUAGUUCCCAACAAUGUUCUUCCUGAAGAUUUUAUUCGUGCCCUGAAAUACUCUGACUAUAGUUCUGCUACUACAAAGAUAAAUAUAGCUGUUGAUAAGCUGCCCCAAUUUAAGUGUUGCAAGCAGAGUCACCCAGAUGCAGGCCCUCAGCAUAUGGGCACCAUUCAUAUUGGUUCGGAGAAUAUGGAGGAGAUUCACUUGGCCAAUCAAGACGCUGUUAAUGGGUUACCAUCAAGGAGACCCAUCAUCGAACUGACAAUUCCUUCUGCAUUGGACAAGACUAUUUCUCCACCUGGUAAGCAUGUGAUAAAUUUGUUUGUUCAGUACACACCCUACAGUCCGUCAGAUGGAAGCUGGGAAGAUCCUUCUUAUAGAGAAUCAUUUUCAAAAAGAUGUUUUAAUUUGAUUGAAGAAUAUGCCCCUGACUUCAGCUCAUCAAUCAUUGGUUAUGACAUGUUGACCCCACCAGACCUUGAAAGGGAAAUUGGUCUGACAGGCGGUAAUAUAUUUCAUGGUGCUAUGGGAUUAGAUUCCCUCUUCCUCAUGCGACCUGUUAAAGGAUGGUCAAACUAUAGGACACCUCUUCGAGGACUGUACCUGUGCGGAAGUGGAAGCCAUCCAGGUGGUGGUGUGAUGGGUGCGCCCGGACGUAACGCUGCACAUCUAGUUCUCCAGGAUGUUAAAAGCCAAUAAAUUCAAUUACACAAACUUGCUGCUCUAAGUUUCUAAGGUUUCCUAUUCAUAUUGAUGUUAUUCGAAUACUGUGUUAUGAUGAACUAUUCGUGGGGAACAAUCACCCCUCUGAUCCUUUAUUUGGACUUCCAUAUUAUCCCAGGUCAUCAGCAACAGAAUGAAUUGAAGCUCGUGAUUUAAAUCACUCAUUAACUUCCAA